GCUUUUGACCCCUUUGCCUGUCCAGAUGGACGAACAGAACCAAAAAAAAAUAUCUUUGCACUUUGCUGCUGGUUGUCUGAGUCUAGGGAAAAGUACCUAAUUCUUUAUUGUUUUGUGUAAGAUUUUCACGAUUCACCAUGUCCCUGACGAAAACGAACAUGCUGGUGCGCACCUUCAGCACAUCAUCGGCUGCUGCUCAGCUUAUAAAACCUCCUGUUCAAGUUUUCGGCUUGGAAGGCCGAUAUGCUGGUGCCUUGUACUCUGCGGCUUCAAAAAGCAAAGCGUUGGAUGCGGUUGAAAAAGAGCUUAUCCAAUUUCAACAAUCGAUUAAAACUGACAUUAAAUUGAAGGAAUUCCUUGUUAAUCCAGUGCUCAAGAGGAGUAUUAAAUCCGAUGCACUUAAACACUUGGCAGCUAAGACUAACAUGUCAGCAACAUCUGGUAACUUACUAGGACUGUUAGCUGAUAAUGGUCGCCUUGAUAAACUGGAACAAAUUAUUAAUGCAUUCAAAAUCAUCAUGGCUGCACACCGUGGAGAGGUUACAUGUGAGGUUAUAACUGCCAAACCUUUGGAUGCAACUCAGAAGCAGAACUUGGAAGCUGCACUUAAGAAAUUCCUGAAGGGUAACGAAACUUUACAUCUGACUACUUCUGUUAACCCAUCAUUAAUUGGUGGGAUGGUAGUAUCAAUUGGUGAUAAAUAUGUGGACAUGAGUGUAGCCAGCAAGGUUAAGAAAUACACAGAGCUCAUCAGUGCAACAGCCUAACAUAGUGUAGAAUAUUAAGCAAAGCAUUGUUUGAAAAUAUUGUUUAAUUUUGAAGUAAAAAACUGAUAAUCAUGUAGUUUAUGUAUUUAUUUUAUUUCUAAUAAAGGUGUAACAUUUAAUUAAAACAAAUAAUUCUUGGGUUUUUUUUAGAAAAUAUAUAUAAUAAUAUUUAUGAGUUCACAUAUUAACAGUCCGAUGUACCAUAUGUGGUACAAGAGAACUAUGCUACUCUAUGGGCUCUAGAACAACGGAUUAAUCAAAUUUGGAGUGUUCUUUGUGGACUUGUGGCCAAUGAUUUAAUAGGAUAAGUCAAAAACAUGUCUUAUUUUUUAAGUGCUGCCAUAUAACAACACAGAAUAAAAUAGCUUAGUAAACAAA